AAUGAAGCCCUCCUCAUACUCGAACAAUUAUUGCGGAGUCUGCAUCACUAUGCGACAUUACAAGACUCCUCCAGAUGGGUGUUCUAUCAGAUAGGCUCUCUGGGCCUGGAAUUUGCACUCUAUCUGCUGCCCUUUGUUUGAUUGCUCGCUCGCUCAAGUGAAAUUUCCUUCAAUGGUGGUGCAGUUUAAGAAGAAAUGAAGAAUAUAGAAAUCACGGAGAGAAGAAAAGAAUGGUUAUUUCUCGUCUUGGGGUACUACGGGGAUGGAUUCACGUGGGAGGCCUGCUAUAAUGUCCGUGAGUCUUGCAAGCCGAAGCAGCAAGAGUUUCGAGAAAACCAAACCCAAAACCCAACUUGAUCGUGGAUUUUUCCCCCCUCACUCCCAGACUUCACCAUAGCCCUCUUGCUUCUCUUCAACCCCAUUUCCAGCGUACCUUUGUUUGGUCACCUAAAUAGCUCAAAAUUCUUUCUUUACCUACCAACUCUUGUUUCGCUCCUCCCCGUCUCUAAAAAAUAUGCUCUUCAAUGGACGUGCCAUUCACUAUAGUACGUACUAGAUCUGGAGGCUUAUCUGAUCUGGGUUUCGCAGUCCCAUUGAGUUCGAAGAAAAUAAACAAGGAUCUCACAAUUUUCUUAAUAUGCAUUUGCGUUGAAGGGUUCCCCCUUUGUCUACUCAUGGCAGCCAAAUCAAGUACAAGGUUUUGCUAACGAUUCUGCUUUCAAACACCCAUUCCCUCUUUGCAUUAUCGGUUUCUUGGGCCUUUUUUAGCGAUGGGAUUUGCGUUGACAACGUCUCGUCUUUUGUUUGUAAUUGUUAUCUCUGUACUCUCUGUCCAACUUGUUCGAUCAAGAGAUGACGAUGCCCAAGCACUUUUAGCGCUCAAAUCUUCUAUUGAUGUUCACAAUACCCUUCCCUGGCCACCAGGAAGCAAAAAUCUCUGCGACUGGGAAGGAGUCAGAGAUUGCUUCAAGGGAAGAGUCCGAAAGCUAGUGCUGGAGAACUUGAACUUAACAGGUAAUUUGGACCCAAAGAUCUUGAGCCGAUUGGAUCAAAUUCGAGUACUCAGUUUCAAGAGCAACUCACUGUCUGGUCUAAUACCGGACCUCUCUUCCCUGGUCAAUCUUAAAUCCAUAUUUCUCAACGACAACAACUUCUCCGGCGACUUCCCUCCCUCCAUCUCCGGUCUCCACCGCGUCAAAGUCAUAGUUCUCUGUGGCAACCGACUCUCCGGCGAUAUCCCGUCGUCGCUGCUCAAACUCCGGCGCCUCUACAUGCUUUACUUGCAAGACAACUUGUUCACAGGGCCCAUCCCGAGUCUCAACCAAAGCAGUCUCCGAUACCUGAACGUCUCCAACAACCAACUUUCCGGCAAGAUCCCGGCGAGCCCAGCGUUGAUCCGUUUCAAUGAGUCGUCGUUUUCGGGGAACCCGGGCCUGUGUGGGGAACAAAUCCACAAGGCAUGCGAAUUGCCUCCGUCGGUAAGCCCCAGCUAUCCGUUGGUGCCAGGGAGGAGUGAGCCACGGCGGCGGUCGUCGUCGUCUAACCGAAAGAAAGUGAUAAAGAUAGUAGGAGGGGUCAUCGGAGGCUUCGCGGUGCUCGUGAUAUGCUUGGUCGUAAUAUGUAUGAUGUGUAGGAAUCGCAGAGAAGAGAAGGGUUCAGGACGCAUGAAGAAAGGAGAAGAGGGGAGAGGAACAGAGGCGGAAACAGGAACGGGAGGUGAAAGUGGCAGAGGAGGUAAUAAUGGGGGAAAAGAAGGGGGGUUUUCAUGGGAAGAUGAGGGACUAGGGAAGUUGGUGUUCUGCGGGGCAGGGGAUAGUUAUAGGUUGGAGGAUUUACUGAAGGCGUCGGCGGAGACACUGGGGAGGGGUAGUAUGGGAAGUACAUACAAGGCAGUGAUGGAGUCAGGGUUUAUAGUGACGGUGAAGAGAUUGAAGGAUGCGAGGCAUCCUGGCUUGCAAGAUUUCACAGCACGCAUGGAGCUGCUAGGCAGGCUUAGGCACCCUAAUCUGGUCCCACUUCGGGCUUAUUUUCAGGCUAAGGAGGAACGCCUUCUUGUUUAUGAUUACUUCCCCAAUGGAAGCCUCUUCUCUCUCGUCCAUGGGUCAAAAACUUGUGGUGGGGGAAAGCCUCUUCACUGGACAUCGUGCCUCAAAAUUGCCGAAGACCUAGCAACUGGACUUGGGUACAUCCACCAAAACCCUGGCUUAACCCAUGGGAACCUGAAAUCUUCUAAUGUGUUGCUGGGUUCGGACUUCGAGUCAUGUCUUACAGAUUAUGGUCUCCAAGUGUUGCUUAAUCCAGAUUCACUUGAAGAGCCCAGCGCCACCACUUUAUUCUACAGAGCACCGGAGUGCCGUAGCAUCGGAAGGCCUCCCACUCAGCAAGCCGAUGUGUACAGCUUUGGGGUGCUUCUCCUGGAGCUUUUAACCGGGAAAACACCCUUCCAAGACCUUGUUCUGGAACAUGGUUCGGAUAUACCUAGGUGGGUUCGGUCCGUGCGGGAAGAAGAGACGGAGUCCGGGUCCGGGGAUGACCCCGCCUCAGGGAAUGACGCCUCAGAAGAGAAGCUUCAGGCUCUUCUUAACAUUGCAAUGGCGUGUGUUUCACUGGUACCAGAAAACAGACCAACAAUGAGGGAAGUUUUAAAGAUGAUAAGAGAUGCAAGGGCCGAGGCUCAGGUGUCUUCAAACAGCAGCGAUCAUUCUCCGGGCAGAUGGUCAGAUACCGUGCAAAGCCUGCCUCGGGAAGAGCAUUUGAGCAUAUAAGUUGAGACAGCGUUUGCUUAAUUCAAUUGUCCGUGUCUGAUUUGCAUUCAUUUUUUCUUGUUAAGCGAGCGGGCCAGCGUGCAGAUGAAUUCAUUACUUUGUAGAGUCCAGGGUUUAGAAUUGAAAAAGACUUUGGAACAGUGUCUUUCCUGGCCUUCUCCCGUGAGGCGUCCGAGAUUUAUGGACUAUUGCUCGCCGGCUUGUCACAAUUUUAA